UAAUUGCAGCUAAUAAUAGAAUUGGUUUUUAUAAGUUGAAUUUUUUAAAAUUAUUUGUAUAUGGGCCUUUAACUGGAGCAUUAGUAAAGACAAAAAUGAGAAAAGGCCCAUAUAGUUGUAGUCUAGUUUAGGGUUUGGAGUGUCUCCCUUAUAUUCUUCGUUCCAAACGAAAACCCUAAAAGAGAAAAGGAGGCGAAAAUGGUGCAGCGUCUUGUUUACCGGUCGCGACACAGCUACGCCACCAAAUCUAACCAGCACCGUAUCGUCAAGACUCCAGGAGGUAAAUUGGUGUAUCAAACCACAAAGAAGAGAGCUAGUGGCCCCAAAUGUCCUGUUACUGGCAAGCGAAUUCAAGGAAUCCCUCACUUGAGGCCCUCUGAAUACAAGAGGUCAAGAUUAUCAAGAAACAGGAGAACUGUAAACCGAGCAUACGGUGGAGUCUUGUCUGGUUCUGCAGUCAGGGAAAGGAUUAUUCGGGCAUUCCUUGUUGAAGAGCAAAAGAUUGUGAAGAAAGUGUUGAAACUCCAAAAGGCCAAGGAGAAAGUAGCCCCCAAGGCUUAAGCUUUUUAUGUUUUCAUCUUCUCUGUUUUGGGAUUAUGGCUAUGUUCAAGUGAUAGGACUUGGUGCAGUCAUGUGAGAACAUCUUUGUUACUCAUCCAAUUUUUAAGCUUUGUAUUGUGUUUUCGGUUCUUAACUUUGUCUACAUUUCUCUUCUCUUCAGUUUUGGUUUCCGCUUUUAUUGUUGAAUUCACCUUUAACUGUUGAAGCAGAUCUCGUAAGCUGUUGUGGUUACCUUGGUUAAUAUAUAAUUUCAAUCAUUUGGACGCAAAA